CUUCAGCGUGACUUUGGAGGAGGUGGUGCUUUGCGGAGAGUAUUGGUUGAGAAUUUUUACUUUUGAGUUCAGUAUAUCGAAGAUGGGACCCAUUAAAAGGUGCCCGGACCCGACAACGCGCUGGGAUCCGAUCAGUCGUCAAUGCAUUUUGUGCAACAUAAGGCCAGGGUUUGAUCUAAUUGAUCAUUGUGGACAUGAUGAUUAUGGAUCGUCACACCAAGCACCACAUAAACGGUGCAAACCUGACACUUUCAAUGACGGCAGCAGUCCGUAUUGUAAACCCUGCUCCACGUGCGCUUCUGGACACGUUCAAGUGACACCGUGCAACGCAACGACUGACAUCGUUUGUUCCGACAUGAGAAGCAGUACGACCACAGUUCCUGUCACAACACCAAUAAGUACUCAAUACGUCCCAGCUUCUUCCAUCAAUCCAUCAAUGACCCAGAAAAUGGGAACGGAAGUCCAAAUAGCAGAAAGGAAUACACCAACUAUACCUCAUGUAGCAUGGGCAGCACCGUUAGCCAUCCUAAUUUCCAUCAUGCUUGCUGCCUUAUUGGCUUUCAUACUCAAAAUGAAACGGAAAAGAGGCCAACAUACAGUGAUUGGUUUUAACAGAAGAUCAUCUUGUGUCAAUCCAGGCUUCUCUCCUCUUCCUGCUCCAGCUGGUGACAAUGACCUGGAGGACAUUCUCAAUCACAACAUCCUGUCAGCACCUUUGCAGAUGGUGCUGGACAACCUGGAUGUUUUGGAGGAGUUGGUGAUUUUGCUGGAUCCAGAGACCCACGGAAUAAAGAACACCAAACAUCUGGCUUCGCUCUGCUCCUUCCCCUCCACCUGGGUGACCUACACCUACUCCAUGAAGGAGAGCAAGAGCCCCCUGAAAGCUCUGCUGGAGGCGGUGACCAGCAAGAACCCCGACUGGACUGUCGGUCACCUGGCGAAGCUGCUCAGACAUAUGGAGCGCAAUGAUGCCAUCGCUGCUCUGGCCAAACUGAGAUGAAUGAAAUUGGGGUAUAGUAGUUAUUUUACCCGACUGCAGAAAGUUGUGCAAGAUUUAGACAAUAUAGCUUUUUUCUGAUUGUAACUGUAAGAUUCUGUAUUGUACAUUAGGGCUGCAUGAUAAAUUGCUUCUGCAGAUCCCAAUAUUGCAAUGUGAAUUAUGGAAAAUUUGCACUGCUUAACAUGUUGCCUUCAUCUCCAUCGCUUUUUCGUAAAAGCCGCAAUGACAAUCACACUAGGCCAGACCUGGUGAUGUUUUAUCACUUGGCAGACAGCAAAGUCUGAACUGCACAGAAUCACAUUAAUGUAUGGAAAAGUGAUGCUCUUUGAGUUGUAUGAAGUGAUUUCAUGAAGGUUUUCUGACGUAUUUAAGCACCAGUAUUGGUCCAAAAACUAAAUUUGCUGAAACAAUUUGCAGCUUUUUUUGCUGCCUGUCUUAUAGAACAUCAUUUACUGCAAUUUCAAGGGCUUUGGAUUGACUUAGUUUGUUUGCUGAUGUGCAUGUGUCAUCAGCAAAAUGAGGAACAGGAUGGAAAUACUGAAAAGCAAGAUAAAAGGAAAUGCCAGGUCAGCUGGCUGGAAAUAUCUUGGCUUCAGAAAGGAAGACGCUGACUAAAUCAGCAGGUUCUCCGUAAGCAGUGUCUUGCAAUCGUUGGCACAACAUGAAGCAUUCACAAAUGAAUCAUCAAAACAAAACCGCAAUCCAAAGCAAAAACUAUUUGGGAUGAUUUUGCCAGUGUUUCAUGGUAUUAGUAAAGUUCUGUGCGUCAUUUUUCGGCUUUUUAAAAAUUAUUACUCCGCCAAGGAAUGUGGCAUCCUUACGUGACGAUCGGCAUACGUUUGUCUGUCUGGCUGUUAGCAGCAUUACUCAAAAACGGACAGACGGAUUUGGAUGAAAUUUUCAGGGAAGGUCAGAAAUGACACAAAGACCAACUAAUUAGAUUUUGGCAGUGAUGCAGCUUAUAGUCUGGAUCCACAGAUUUGUUAAAGUUUUCUGUAUUACGAGAUAGCGGCACGGCGUCACUGUAACUAUGACAACAAGUGAACACUACGUCAGCUGCCUGCUGACGAUCACAUGAUUGUGAUCCUACUGCAAAUCCACCGUUGUGGAAUUACCAGGACUUAUCCAUCGGAAAUGAUUCAAGAAACAAUUGAUUAAAUUGUGGGCUUAUUUCCAAGUCCCAUCAAUUCCCGCCAACUGCUACAUAUUUAGGUCAUGUGAUUCGGUGUCCGUACAAUAACGUACACAUGCAUAACACACCUGUGCUAAGCGCAAGGUUAUUCUUUAUUAUAGAUUUCAUCUGUCGGGAAUCAUACAACGACUGAGCAGCCUUGACAGAGUACUGUGCUCUCUAGUGCUUUUCUUGUUUUGUGUAUUAUAUGCAGAUCCACUUCCCUACAAAAUCACCAGUCAUUGUAGCAUCAUUCAUUCUUGUCAGUGUUAUUCAAGUCGUCUUGUGAAAAUUCAUGGGUUUUUUUUAUCAUUUCACAAUAAAACAUUUUGCAAUACAA